AGUGACAGCCACUCCAAUACUACAAUCAUGGCCGGGGACUCCGAGUUCUACCUCCCCAACCCGUCUGUGGGCGACCGGAACAGUGUUGAGGACUGGCGAAUCCGCGGAAUGACACCUCUUACACCUCCCGACCUCCUCCAACACGAGAUCCGCCAAAACGAAAAGUCGAAAACGACUGUCAUCCAAGGCCGCAACCAAGCCGUCGAUGUCAUUCGUCUCGAAGACCCCAAACGGCGCCUCUUGGUCGUAAUCGGCCCAUGCUCUAUCCACGACCCUGCCAUGGCUCUCGAAUAUUGCAACCGCCUUAUGGCGCUGAAAGAGAAGUACGAGGAGAAUUUGUUGAUUGUGAUGCGUGCAUACCUCGAAAAGCCGAGGACGACAAUAGGCUGGAAAGGCUUGAUUAACGAUCCCGACAUCGACAACUCUUUCAACAUCAACAAGGGCUUGAGAAUAGCUCGGCAGAUGUUUGUAGAUCUCACUUCCAAAGGCAUGCCUCUGGCGAGUGAGAUGCUUGACACCAUUUCUCCUCAGUACACCGCCGAUUUGCUCUCCGUCGGAGCUGUGGGCGCUCGAACGACAGAGUCCCAAGUUCAUCGCGAGUUGGCAUCAGGUCUAUCCUUCCCGAUUGGAUUCAAGAACGGGACGGAUGGAACUUUGGGCGUGGCUAUUGAUGCCAUUGGCGCGGUGAAACAUCCUCAUCACUUCCUGUCUGUGACGAAGCCGGGCAAUGUGGCUAUCGUGGGUACAGUUGGGAAUGAUGAUUGUUUCGUCAUUCUGCGUGGUGGGACGAAGGGAACAAAUUUCGAUAAGAAGAGCAUCGCAGAAUCGAAAGAGGCGCUAGUCAAGAAGGGCCUGAGACCCAGCUUGAUGGUGGACUGUUCACAUGGAAACUCGAACAAGGAUCAUAAGAAUCAGCCCAAGGUGGCACAUGAGCUGGCGGAGCAGAUCAGGGCCGGAGAGACGGCGAUUACUGGAGUUAUGAUUGAGAGUAACAUCAACGAGGGGAACCAGAAGGUUCCUGCGGAGGGCAAGAGUGGGCUGAAGUACGGUGUCUCUAUUACAGACGCAUGUAUAAAUUGGGAGGACACUGAAGGUGUUUUGAAAGAGCUGGCAGAGGCUGUGGCCGAGCGAAGAGAGAAGCUUGGACCUGUGGAGAAGCCGCAGGCCAAUGGGCACGCUUAGUGCGUGGAGGUGAGUAAGAGACUGUUUGAGACAGACAUGAUUUCGACAGAGCGAGGCACCGGCAGACUUUUGGGGGAGGAUUUGCCUCCGAGAUGUCAUCAAUACACAGGUCAUACAGGAAGGAAGACAUUGAGGUCCAAAAGCAGUUGAAUUUUGCACAAAAUUCAUAUAUCUUUGGAAAGAAAGAAAAAUAAGUCGUUUUGAAGUCGAACUUCGAUUAUCAUCGUAUCUUGUAUAUCGGCUGCGUGCCCUCGCCCAUUACAAUACACGAUACGCAUCGUAAAUCACUUCACUCCCCCUCCUCGCCCCACUCCCCACCCACAACCCGGUAUUGACCUUAUCCUUAUACCGCUCAUCGCCCGUCUCCAAUUUAAUACUCAAGCGAAACACAUAAUCCGACGGUUUCGCCUCAUUCGCCAACUCCGGGUCAAACAAUUUCUCCAAAACUUCCUUGGGUCCGGUCCGCCAACCGGUCGUCGAGAUGGUGAUGUACGCGGGUUCGGCGUCGGCCGUCUUGAGGAGAUAGUUGGUGGUGACGUAUGUUUGUAAGGUGUCUGGGAGGACGAGUUGGGAGUCUUGACCUCCGGGCUCGACAGUGCCACGACCCCAACUGGCAGCCCAUUGUCCCCCCGAGAAGCUGAUCCAGUUCCUUUUGCCCCAGGGCCCUUCGCCGACGGGGAUGAUGGGGUUGAGAGCGACGGAAAUUCGGAAAUCGAGCUCCAGUUUCGGGACUGGUAAAGUCAUCUUGCUGGCCGCCGUUUCGGGCGAGAAUGCUUGUCGGAGUCGCUGUUGAUCCAUGUUUGGGUCCUUGAGGUUCUUUGAGGAUGAUGGUUACAGUAUUGAAGUACGGGAAGAACGAUGAGGGUUGUUACAGUGGUGGCGCUCACUUCAAUGGGCAUCCAAUACUUCAUGCGGUGGUGUCGAGGUCGGCGAGUUCCAAUUUUUGGUGGGUAUUGGAGACGUCACUACGCAUCGCACGUGAGAGCGGUCUCCAGUUCUACCACCUAGCAAUGUGGUGAUCACGGGGGAGUGUGCCAUUACUGAUCAAUGAUCACCCCUCCAGGGCUGGAACUAGUUCUACGACAGCCGCCACGCUGGCUGGGCUGGGCUGGCUGGCUGGCUGGCUGGCAAUCUUGAGCCAGGGCGGAAGACGUGGAGAAAUAUACAAUAAAACCAUGUCCACGAGGACAACUCACGGAGUCACGGCUAUUGUAGUUCUCGUCAACUCGCCCUCGGGAUACAGCUCGGCCGACGUGGACCUUUUGCAGCGCCGCACCAGCGUACGAGAACGGAGCUUGGGAGGUCCAUCAUGGGAGCUCGAGCAGUCGAGACCACGUCGGCAGUGUGCGGCAGCAGCCCAAUUCUAAUUCCAUAGACCGGGACGCCUCACGCUGCUGUGAGUGAGUACCUGUAUUGCUGUGAUUGCACCGCAGAUGCACUACCUCCUACUACGCGGUACUCUCGGAUCAGGAAGUCGGUUCAGAAGGCUGCUAACCACCGUGACGUAUACAUGGUUUAUAUAGAUGGUAUACCUCCCCUCACUCUCGUCGUUGUAAGGUCGAACAGCACUACCUACUCACUUCGACACACAUACCAUAGCAUAUACACACCAUGGCCUCACGAAAGACCAGUUGUCCCCUCGAUAUCAAGAUUGUCGGUGCCGGCAUGAGCGGCCUGGCAACCGCAGUGUCUUGUGCCCUGGCAGGUCAUAAAGUACUGGUGCUCGAGGGAGCCCGCGAGCUGGCAGAAAUUGGCGCAGGUUUCCAGAUUACACCCAACGGAGCGAAAGUGUUCAAGCAAAUCGGCAUUCUCGAUGCAUUAGAGCCCAAAGCUGCAGAACCGACCUUCUUGCAAGUCCGAAGAUGGUCCGAUGGGAAAAUCUUGUCCAGGACAGACAACUUCGACAAAGAAAUGAGAAGGAAGUACGAUGCUCCAUUUUGGGACUUGCAUCGUGUAGAUGUGCAGCGUGCUCUCGCUGAUCGUGCUCGAGAGCUGGGCGUGGAAGUCCGGCUCGGAUCUCGCGUGGAAGAUAUUGAUUUCGAUGCUGCCAAAGUCACAUUGAAAGAUGGCGAAGUGCUGCAGGCGGACCUGCUGGUCGGUGCUGAUGGGCUAUGGUCGCGGUGCAGGCAGAAGUUCCUUGCCGCACAAGGCAAGACGGAGGACGCGCCUCUGCCGACGGGCGAUCUGGCAUACCGAAUCGUUCUCGAUAUCAACACUGUUCAGGAUCAAGAAAUCAAAGACAUCGUCUCGCGGCCAAGUGCGCAAUUCUGGAUCGGACCGGAAGCACAUGUCGUCGCAUACUCGAUCCGCGGCGGCACCAUGUCGAACAUCGUCCUCCUCGUCCCCGACGAUCUCCCCGAAGGAGUUUCGCGAUCCGAGGGCUCCAUCGAAGAAAUGCGAGCGAUUUUCAAAAACUGGGAUCCCAUCCUCAACCGCUUUCUCGACCAUGUCACCGCAAUCGACAAGUGGAAACUCAUGCACCGCCCCGAACUCGACAGCUGGAUCAGCCCCAAAUCGAACUUUGUCUUCGUCGGUGACGCAUGUCACCCUAUGCUCCCCUACCUCGCACAAGGCGCGAAUUCCAGCAUCGAAGACGGCGCCGUACUGGGCAACAUCUUAGCGGCAAUCGAAUCCAAAGAUCAAUUGCCGGCGGCAUUGAAACUGUACGAGCAGCUCCGAAAGAAGCGAGGCGAGGCGAUUGUCCGAGAGACGUUUGCGCAAAGACAUGAUUUUCACAUGGUCGACGGUCCGGAGCAAGAGAAGAGAGAUGAAUUGAUGUUGUCGAAACUCGGCAAAGAAAUUGAUGUCAAAUUCCCCAGUCGAUGGCAGUGUCCUCAGGUGCAGCCGUGGUUGUACGGGUACGAUGCCAAGGAGGAGACGGAUGCUGCUUUGCGGGAGAAGCCAUUGAGUAGUGUCGCUCUGAGCGCUUGAUUCAGGUUUAGAGCUCCCUACCUACCUACCUGGUAAAUUUGAGGAAUUGUCGCGC